CCGGCAUUGGCGGUCACGUCCAGGUUCCCCUGCAGGUCUGCGAGGAGCAGAAGUGCGAGGAGGAGGUCUUCCCUCUGGCCAUGAACUACCUGGACCGCUUCCUGUCGCUGGAGCCCCUGAAGAAGAGCCGCCUGCAGCUGCUGGGGGCCACCUGCAUGUUCGUGGCCUCCAAGAUGAAGGAGACCAUCCCCCUGACGGCCGAGAAGUUGUGCAUCUACACUGACAACUCCAUCCGACCCGACGAGCUGCUGCAAAUGGAGCUGCUCCUGGUGAACAAGCUCAAGUGGAACCUGGCUGCCAUGACCCCCCACGAUUUCAUCGAACACUUCCUCUCCAAAAUGCCAGAGGCCGAGGAGAACAAACAGAUCAUCCGCAAGCAUGCGCAGACCUUUGUCGCCCUCUGUGCCACAGACGUGAAGUUCAUUUCUAACCCACCCUCCAUGGUGGCCGCUGGGAGCGUGGUGGCCGCAGUGCAGGGCCUCCACCUGGGCAGCCCCAACACCUUCCUGUCCUGCUACCGCCUGACCCACUUCCUCUCCAGAGUGAUCAAGUGUGACCCGGACUGCCUGCGCGCCUGCCAGGAGCAGAUCGAAGCCCUGCUGGAGUCCAGCCUGCGCCAGGCCCAGCAGAACCUGGACCCCAAGGCCUCCGAGGAGGAGGUGGAGGAGGCGGCGGGGGCCGACCUGCGACAGCGGAGGCGGGCCCGCCAGUGGCGGCUGCUCCAGAGCUAA